AGAAGGAGGCUGGAGGAACAGUAGUAAAUUGGCUUCUUGUAGCUGGGAGGCUGGAAGGUGGCAGUAGCUGAAGUUGUCUGGCUGCCCCUCCCCCUCAGCAGCUUAAAUAAAAUUCUGAGCACAGAGCUUGGAGUUUUGCCAUUGACUUUGAGUCUUUUCUUAUAUAAUGUCUUCAUUUUUUGUUCUGGAUCCUGCAAAGUCGCAUACCCAGCUCUGCAGAUAUUUGUGCAAUGCUCCUGUAUUGUUUGCUGUUUCUUCUUUCCUCCCCCUCUCCCUUGGCUGCUUGAAUUCUCACUGGCAUGGUGCUGUGGAUUGUGAUAAUGCCUGCUUGCAUUUAUGUGCAUCAUGUGUCCUCUCACAUAAAUCCCAUCAAUUAUUUUCAUAUAACUCCCACCUGAAAAGUCAUAUUGUGGAAUACCUGUGCUUCGAAGACUACCUCAAAGACUAAAGAUACAAAGCUCUCAUAAAAUUCAUCAAUUUGCCCUUCCAUUUCCCUUUAGGCUCACCAACUUUUUUUUUUUAAACCUGAUACAAACUGUGAUGAAAUGAUAGAACCAUUUUACAAAUUACAGGAACAACAGAUUACAAUACUUAAAAUGUUUUUAUUAGGAAAGGUACUUUGAGAACAUCAGACAUUCUGUGGCAGGUUAAUUUAAAUGGAAGAAAAUAUGUUUUAAUACCUCAAUAAAAUUUUUGUAGUGAUUUGGAAUUUUUUUGUGUUUUGUUUUGAGUUGCCUUUUCUUUUUUACACUUGUUUGUUCCAUAUAUAUGAGAUGGAAAGAAGUUUCUGGGCCACUCUAUAUUCCAUUUUGGAUUUUUACAGUCUCUUCAGUCAAAUCUGAUAAAUUGUGAAGAGAUGUGACAGUGAAAUGGCAAUUAAGGUGAAUAAUGGUGGAGUGAAACGUUCUAAAGUAUGUGUUAUAAGUGCACAUAGUGUUAAAAUAUUUUUUGCUAGUUUUUUCCCUUUCAUGUGGGGGAGUAAAAAGAAGUACUGAAAUUAAUGCAUAGCUAGCAAAAUAGUCAUUGCAAAAAAGCAGCUCUAUUUCCUAUAUUUUGUGAAGAAGGUGUUUGUGAAAGAUAGGACAUUUCAGUCAGUUAGGGUUUUUCCAGGUUUGUUGUUUUGAUUUUUUUUUUCCACCUGAGAGUUGCAAGUUAUUCAAUCAUUCUUCUUCUCUGGUUGUUCUCAUUUGUGGCUUUCUGUUCAAAACUAAUUGCUUCCUACUUUUAGAUACCUAAAGUACAUUCAAGGAAAAGAGCACUCUGCUUCUAGUGUUUUUCUGGCUUCUCAGCACUGAAAAUGAAUACCUGAUAUGUUUUAGCUUGAAAUCCCAUUGUAAUACUAGUGUGACACGAAGUGGAAAAAUAAGUGUGGGGAGAAAAAAAGACCAGAAGAGUGUGGCUGUGUCUGUUCAUGCAUUCUCAUGCCUCAUGUGCCACAUCAACAGUGUGUAAGUAAGCAUAUGUGUUUUGCUGUGCUGGUCUUGCUUAUUGCAGUGCUGGCUGCUCUUGAAGAAUUAGGAGCAGUUUACAGUGAUCAGGUUGUCUGUAGUGUUCUGCUGUAGUAAAGUAAGCCUUGGUUUUAUUUUGUAAGGUUGUCAGGACAACAGCUUAUUAUUCUUGCUCCUCUUGGUGUUUCCCUAAAGCAGUGGAGGGAGCUUUUUCAAAGGCAGUGGCUGCCUUGCCUCACUGGGUUGCAGGAUUGCAAGCUGUGAUUUGGGUUCAGCAGGAUGCUCUGAGUUUGUUGUGUAAAAAUUCUAAUUGAUGAUGAAUGCAAACCCAGUGUGAGAAUAAUUUUUCUUCAUUGGACUAAUGAAAAACAACCCAUUGUAUUUACAAACCCAUGUCCUAUUUUCUCCACAGUAUUGGUAUUAAUCUUCUGCUCUCUUCCAUCUGAGGCUCAGAGAAAAAAAUGUUUGAAAUUUGACAGUAUGGAACUUGUGAUAGGAGUUGAGACAAGGUAGGAAUUAGUUUAAAGCUAUGUUAUGUCAGUGUGCUACAGUCUGACACUGGAGCUAACAAGGAAAUCAACUGGGAUUUCUGUUAGGUUGAGUUUGUGAUGUUUUUGACAAAAACAUGAGAUAAAUUUGUGUUCAGUGAUAAGCCACACAGUAAUGUUGAGGUGUUGGCGUUUUGAAGAGCUACUGUUAUGUUCUUGUUACAGGGUAAAAUAGAAAAAGAAUGUAUGUUGUUAAAUACAGCAAGCUAAAUAACUACUGAGUUGUUCUCUGAGUAUGGUCAUUUUAUGUAAGAGGUGCAAAUAUUUUCAACUGCAAUAACUUUUAGAUUGUUGGGAUGUUCAGGGGUGGGAAACUUGUUGGGAUGUUCAGCAGGGCAAAUCACAUGAAGAAAGCUUUUAAAUAGCCGAGGAUUUAAAAAUUAUUAUUUCAUAAACUAUGCUAAAACAUGAGACUGAUUUUAGCACUUCCAUAGCCUCCUUUAUAUUAUUAUUAUGGAGGGAUUUUUUAGCUUGAUCCAAGUUCUUUGAUCUGGGUUGAACUGUAGUAGUAAUUAAGUGAUGUCCAGGUACUUAAAAUCCUUUUAUCAAAACUGUAACCUUUUAUUUCAAGUUCCCUUUUCAGACAACUGAAACAACAGUCCAUUCACAGAAUAAUUUGGCAGAGAUACACAGGCGUCUGCAUUCAGUCCUGGAAGCUGCCUGGCAGAAUUAGAAACUAUUGGGAUAAACAUUUUCUCCCUUGUCUGGCUACCAUUUUUUUGAGAGCAGGCGGGUACUCCAGAGGUGGGUGUCUUCCUCCUCUCAGAUCCUUUGCUGUUUCCAUCCCCUCACCCCAAAAUUUUCUUAAUAUCUUUGUACAUGUCUUUGAACCACACAAUUGUUAGCAUAGGAAACCAUUUCAAAAGGUUCUUUUUAGAGCUGUUGAGAUGAGGUGGAGUAAAUAGAGUGAUUGGUUAAUUCAUAACAGUGUGUGAACAGUUUGCUCAUUUCCACUUUUUAAAAUGUAGAAUUUGAGCAGUUUGUUACAAAAAGGAGUCAGAAUAGAUGAGAUUAUCUAAACUGGUCAAGAACUGUACAGGUGGUUGCUCAGAGUGCUACACUGAAAAACCUCAAAUACAAAUUGAGCUCAAAUAUUUUCUAUACAGGAUGAAGUUUCUACUGAUAGAGCAGAGGGUUUUACUGACAUUCUGAGCCAGGCUGCUUGAUCUGGACCCCUGGAAAUCAUUACCUCUGGUGGAGAUUUCUGAGUGAAGGGCAAGCACGAUUUCAUUAGUCUGUGCCAUUGUCAGAUUUGGUAAUUUUGCUAAUGUCUGCUUCUGUCACACUUGGAAUGCUUUGUGCUUUAUCUCUGUGAUUGUUUGAUCUUUGAAAUGAAGUUUCUAGGAGCAUAACUACCCUUGAAACUUUAUUUGUCAGAUUCUGCCGAGUCAAAUAGGAUCAAAAAAUCUUGAGGUGGAGGGAGGUGUUGUACUGUAUGACUGCAUAAGCCUUGUUUCCUUAGGAAAUAAAAAAUUGAUGACCAUUCUUUCUGUUAUACUGGUCUGCAGCAAAUAGAUACUACAUUUGAAAAGUGUUUUGUUUUUACUUUGUAUUUUACUGCUCUGUUUUUUAAAGUAUUGUUACAUGCAUAAGGUUACAUUAUAACUAUCAAUGUACAGAGUGUACCUUUCUGCUUUCUAAUGAGUGUACAAACUGUGUCUUUGUAUGCAAAAAUUGCUAAUUGAGUAUCUACCCUUGCUUUGUGGGGCUGAGUGUUAAAACAGAAUAUUUACAUAUAUAUUAUAUAUAUUAUAAUAUUUCUUUCUCUUGAGGAAAAUUGAUGCUUAAUAGUAAUGUUUUUCUCUUUCUUGUGUAGGCUGUACCCAACAGUAUCAAUAUUCCUAUCCACUCAUUUUCCAGUGUUCAGUAUGCCUGUAGGUCAGAGGUGUUUAAAGUUGCAAGUUAGAGAUUUUCUUUUUUUCUAUGUCAGCUGUCUCAAUUGCAUCUCUCAGUGCAGUUGUAUGUAUUCUUUAUGGCAGCGACUGUAAUAACUGCAGGGAAAAGUAAUAGUAAGAAAUAUAUAAGAUCUGUUAGGUAUUUGCCUCUGUGACUUAACAACCAGUUCUAAGAAUGAAAAAAACAACUCCACAAUAUAAACCAUUCUCAGCAAGUGUUGCUUUCUGUGAGUGGACAUUUACUCAACUAGAAACCCCCUAAGUAGGGGUCAGUGUAUCUGUGGCAGCUGUAGGUAUAAUAUGAAUCAAUUACAUUGAUAAAUAACUUUAAACUUCAUUUUAAGACAUUAUUUGUAUUGCUUUGCUUGUUACAGUGUGAAGUCUUUCCUAUUUCCUGACUCAUGUAUAAGGUGGAUAAUGACUUUAGGUUUCCUUGGUUGGGUUAUGAAAUUAAUUUUUAUUUUUAUGGACUAUAUUUACAGAUUCUGAAACUUAAACCCAUUCAUCAUGUAUGUUUAAUACAUAAACAUAUUUUUCUUUAGUCAUAUGUUUUCUUCCUUAUUAGGAAGGAAUCUACUGGAGUUGUUUCUGUUUUGUGUUCAGUUUUGUUUUCUUUUUUUCCUUAAGCAGUAAUUAAAAUAGCAUUGUGUGAAGUUUCUGAGCAUCUUUUAUGUACUUAUUUGUAGCUGUGGUACCUUUCUGUGUACUACUGAAACUGUAAAUGCCAUCAGAUCAGGUUUAAUAUUGCAUAUGGCAGUUGGACCAUUGUUUAUCUUCAGUUUAUCCAGGCUUUAAGCAUGAUUGUCAGGCUCAAAACAUAGCACCUAACGGUUUGUAUUCCACCUGGAGACAAGUUACAAGAGGAGUACUGUACUGGGACCUGUUUUGUUUAUUACCUUGAUCAGUGACCUAGAGGAGGAGAUGAAGUGUAUUCUUAUCAAAUUUGCGUGUGACAUCAUGUUGUGGGAGUAGUUGCCACAUUUGAGGGCAGUGCUCUGCAGCUGCGAGAGGCUGGUGGAAUGGACCGUGUGACAUUCCACAAGGAUAAAUGCAUCUUCCUACCCCUUGCCACAGGAUGGGGUGGGGAGUGACUUCCUGGGAGACAGCUCUGCUGGAAGGGACCUGCGCAUUCUGACACACGAGCCAGCACGUCAGGCUUCACUGACAGUGACAAAUGCCAGCAGCAUGCUAGGCUGGAUGAGCAGAAGCAGAGCCAGUGGGUUGCCAAUACUCAGUAUUCUUUAGGCCAGCACUUUGGAUACACCCAUCCAGUUUUGGUUCCCCAAAUACAAUGAGUAAAUUGAAUCUAAUUUGGUGGAAAGCCAGAAAGAUGAGGGGCUUAGGGCAUGUAAGGAGAGGCUGAGAGAAAUGGCUUUGCACAGCCUGGACAGCAGGAAGCUCAGGGGAUGCUUACCUCACACUGGCUGCCUCACAAGGUGACACCUAAGAGGUUAUCAAGAACACGUGUCCAGGCCCUUUACAGGGGUACAUGGCAUGAGGAACAGAGACAGUGGUCACAGUCUAAAACAGGUGAGGUUCUGAUUUGGCACCUGCAAAUAAAAUUCAUCCUAAGGACACUGAGGAGCUGGAAUAGGUAGCACAGGUUGUCAAAUCUACAUCCUUUUCAUUUUUUUUAAGACUAAACUGGGCAAAGCUGUAAGCAAGUCAGUCAAUACAGUGCUGUUGUGGCUUCCAGUGUGAAUUAAUCUAUGAAAUAUCACAACAUUUUUGUGGUUAUCAGUUGCUCUGGUAAUUGAGAAUUUUAGUUGCUAUUCCAGUAUACUGUGAUUUCACUUUAUCAUAUUUCAGAAUUUUUACAGAAUAUUUCUCUAUUACCAUACUGUGAAGAUCUUUUUACAAGACUCCUUACGGUCUUGCAUUAUAGGCUCAUAUUGUAUAUUCUUUGUCUAAACCAGUAGACAAGAAUUCCCAAAUAAAUUUUUGGCAGUUAAAUAUUUUACAACUACAGAACUUAACAGUAAAAUAAAUGCUUGAAGACAAUAGCAUGUCCUCUCAGGUUUGGCUUCAGAUACACUUUGCUGACUUUGUCACUGAUUAAAACAUGUUUAGCAAUACUAGAAUUUGAAUGUGUGAAUUUCUAUUGAGCAAUUCCAUUGGAUCCCUUCCAAAAGAUUAUUUUAAUGUUAAGGAGAAGGAUGUGAAUUUGAAAUUGGCUCUCAGCAAGUCAAACUUAGAUUUGUAUUUGGUUCUUUUGCUUUGGCUACUAAUUUUCGUAUGGUGAAACUUGUGAUAACCCAUGUAGAGGUACCCAUGUUGCUGGGGAAAAGAAUCUGUGAUUUGUUUGAGUAUUUUAAAAUACAAAUUAAAAUGGUUCAGUUCCGAAAACAUCUUCUGUUUGCACUUUUAAAUGGUCAGCCUUAACCUCUUAGUUUUAUUAGCUAUAAACAAGAGCCAGCAGAACCUCAGAAGCUUGAAAUGAUUCCUGCUCUUUCUCAUCCAGCUUCACAGUGGUUACACUUUUAAGUAUUUCUGUGUUUACCAAAGCAUGAGCCAGACCUUCAGAUCCCUGUUUUGGUUUUUAGAAUCCAUUUUAUUAAAUGUUUAAAAUUUCAGGUGUUUGUAUAACAUUCAACUUCAGUAUGAAAGAGGUUGCAAAUAUGUGCUGAGAUAAUCAAAACAAACAGGAAAGGGAAUGGAAAGAAUUUCCUUUAGGGUAAAAUUCCUUUAAGUUGAAAUAACCAUGAUAGAUAGUGCUUGUCAAUUGGCAAGGAAAGCUGGGACUUGCCUUCUGAAGAUUUUAUUUUGCUGAAAAUGGAAGAACAUGGAAAAGCUCAGUCAGAUGUCCUUUUCAAACCAUACUUUCAGCAAAAAAAAAAAAGAAAUAAAACAUUAAUUCUAUUAAACUUACGAAUCUCCAAAACUGUUGCAUUAACUCUGAUGACAGGUACACAUCAAUGUCUUCAGAAACUGAAACCUUCAGAUCUAACUCGUUAGUGAGUUUAAAAAGUCUGUUCAUUGACAUUUUAUUUAUGGAGCAGGACUAAGCUUUUGAAGUUAAUCUCCUGAUCUUUCCACUUGAUAAUAUUUUGUUUGCAUGAUGGAGAAGUUUUAGAGAAUGUAAAAUAUAUUUGUCAUGAAACUAACUCAAAUAAAAUGUUGACCUUAACAUAAACUGUGUUUCUAGUUCUGAGUGCUAUACAGAGUAAAUGAGAAAUGGAAGCUAAAAAGAGCACUGCUGAAGCUGAUGUGCUUUACAAAAAUUUAAGGUGAAUAUUUGAGAGGAAAGCAAAUAGCAAGAUGAAACAAAGUUUAUGGAGUAAACACUUAUUUUUCUGUAUUCAGGAAGUAAAUAUUUUCUCUAACUUGUUAUGACUUGGACAGAAUUAUAAAAAUAUUGUGUCUUCAUUUUGUCAAGCUCAUUCAAAUUGAGUUGGGUAAUCUGAGACAUGGUUACUCAAUGGGAAGGGUACUUAAACAAAAUAAACAGAACCCACCAAACCCCCCACACUAUUAAGGAAAGUGAUUGAGAACUGCUGUUCUGCAGGUUUAAAAGCAUUACAUUAGCUGCACCUACUUUGCUCUUUAGGUAUUUUUCAGGCUUUUUUCACGUUCAGCUUGAGGUGGAAAAAGUGCAUAUUCCUUGGGCUGUCCCCUCUUCUAUCCUCCCUUUGUUCCUCAUGAAGGCAGUAUGGCUGUUUACAUAAAUUCUUAAUGGAAAGAUCACAGAGCACUGUCUUGUAAUGGUGACUUUUUCAAUGUUUAAUUUUUAUGGCUUUUGCUUGCUAUAGUAGUUUGACUCACAGAUUUGAUCACAUACCAGCAUUUUGGUUACUUGCACCAAAAUAAAAACACAGUUGCUAUAUUUGCUUUGUAUUUUUCUAUUUCUGCCCUGGCUUUUUUUUUUUUGUUCAUUUAAAGUAGCUUUCAACAAAAUUGCAAUUAAUUGCCAGUAGCCCAGCUGAUUUAUAGCAACAACAUAAAAAUUCUUAUAGUUGAGCUGACCACAAUAAAACCUUGCAGUUAUGAGAUAUUAUGAAACCUAAAAUCUGAGCUUCUAAUAAAAUGUUUAUGGCCUUCAACCUUUUUGGCAAUAAAUUAAAAAACCAAGAAAUCUGUUUAGAAUGCAUUUUUUCCUUAAACGGUAAUGACAUAAUUUCUACUGUAAUACUUUUCUCCUCCCACAUGGAGUCUUUCAUUCUGCAGUAAAAGUUUUCAUGCCCUUGUGCUCUAUUCUGUCUCCCACACACCUCCACUGACUUGCCAUUACCCACUUGUGGAACAAAAAAAUGACUUUGCUUAGAAAGCAUAGGUCUGUGGUACAGCUGCCCAACUCACUGAAACCCUGGGUGGUUUACUGUGUCCAAAGGGGCCCAGUGUGUGGUUUAUCUCUUCAGAGGCUGGAGGCAGAGCACGCCUCCUGGUGAAAGACAGCUGGCUGUCAGCUCCUGGGCACCUUCUGGCUGGGAAGUGUGUGCUCAGAUUUGCAUCCUACCCAUAAGGUUUCCCAUUUGUUGCUGCCAAGAGGAUGUGCUCUCAGCCCCUGAGUAGUCCAACACCACAGGUUGCCCCUUAACCACUGGCAAAUUGGUGAAAUUCCUUUUCCAGCCAUGCAUUUUAAAAUAAUGGAGCAUGACGUAGAGGAGUAGAUGGAGAGUGUUUUUUAGACACAGAGUGUUCUGCCCUUUCAAACAACUUGGACUUUAAACAAUUUUCUAUCUCAGCAGUUAGAGGAAAUAAAAACUCUGCAGGAGGUUCUGAAGACCAGAAAGUCUGUAUAUGGUUCACAGAGAUGGUGGUGGAGGAGGGGGCUGGAGAGGGGUUGUUUGCUUAAUGGACUUCAAAUGCCUAAAUACUUUUCAGGAUACUAAUCUUGUCCUUUUUAUUUUUCCCCCCUCUUUAAUACCUAUAGGGCAAGCACCUUUUAUCAUACAGAUGAAGUAAUAAAAUGAAUCAACUGUGUGAUGUUUGGGUAUGGUGGCAAUGAAAGCCUCUUGAGCUUCUAUGUCAUCAAUAUUUUGAAUACUUUGACAGAAAGACUGUCUCAUGUAGAAUCAGGGUUUUUUUCUUAUUUUAACAUCUUGCCUGAAACAUACUGUUAGUAUGUAUACUCUGGAAGUUGUUCAUAAAUUUAAUGAUAACUCUGAUAUCCUUGACAGAAGUAGCUUCACUUUUCUUUUUUGUUCUCUUCUAUGUGACUUCUGUACCCACUGGUAUGUUUUCAUAUUAUCUUUGUAAUCAAAGAUCUUGUAGAACUUCCACACUAUGAGUACAUGGAGAAACUAAGUUAAUAAAGAUGCCAUUAUCUUAUUAGAAGAGUUGAUAACAUUAAUGUUUAAGAGGCAAUAAGGUGUACAGCAAUGUUUUCUAGGAAGUUAAUAUAUUAACAACAGUUUUUCUCCAUAAAUGGAUGGGUUGCAGAAUACAUGGAUGCUUUUGCUUUCAAGGUGCUCUUGGGGGAGGGUGAGAAGACCAAGUGAAUGAAAACACAUGGGAAAUAUGGAAAUGUUAAUAAUCAUUUAUACAAAAUGCUCUCAAUUUUUGUUAGAUUAAGAGAAGUGUUCACCUGAAAGAAAAUAAAUCACUUCAAGCUUUGUUAUACAUAAAGCACUAAAUUAGAUGAGUUUAGGUGGUGGGUUUGGGGUUUUUUUCUUGUAUCAAAAGAAUGCCAUUAUGUUCUUUCCUGACUGCUCUGUGAUAAUUACAGAUGGGAGUCCAGCUCUGUAUUUUAUGAUCAUUGAUAUUUUGAGUAGAAUAUGUGAGACUUUGGGAUUUAUACUAAGCACACCGCAAGCUUGCUUUGUUUGUCAUUUCCCUAUUUUUUUUUUCCAAAACUAAUUUUCCGUUAUUAUAUUGUGAGCAGUUUAUAACAAAAUGAUGGUGUGUUUGUCUAGUAGUCCACAAGUGAGUAACUACUCUGAAUGCCUGAACCUUGCGGCCUUCACAGAACAAAAAAAUGUGUCUGAAACUUAACACUGUCUUUUGUGAUAGAGGGAUAUAGGAGAAAAAAAUGAAAAACUUGCAAAGCGAGUCUCUCUUUGUACAGAACUGUCACUGCCCUGCUUGGCUGAUACAGAUUCUUUUCAGCUGUCACUUUCAGUACAAAGGGGACAAAGCCUGUGCCUGGACUUACUCCCACUGUCUUAGUCUGAUUUUUGUCUAAAGCAGUCUGAGGCCUGCAAGAUUAUUGACCAUUUGUCCCAUCAGAGUGCCAAGGUCUAGAAUUCUGACCUUUCUGUGUUUUGUAAGUUCAUGGUCAGUUUUUAAAGUAGGUUUGUUUCAAUAUUAACACUAGAUACUAUUUUUCUCUUGUGGUAGGGGAUAAAAUAUUGUCAAGCAAAAAUAUUCUGCUCUCUUCAUAUCCAAAGUAAAUUGCAUGGUAUUUUAUGUUCCUUUUGUUUGCUUCUUUCUUUCUUUUUGCCUAUACUUCUUAAAUGUAGGCUAACUUGAAAAGACUUUGGUUUUCUGCAGAAAGCAGUUAUGUACCUGAUUUUUCUCAAAAGCGUGAGCUGCUUAAAAAUCUUACAGGUGAUAAUCAUGAUUGAAACAAGAAACACUAUCCCUUUUGUGGGAAGGGAGAAGACAUGCUGUGUAAUAUUUAGGAUAUUUGUGAUAGAGGCAAAGUGUGUAUACUGCAAUUGAACAGUUGUCUUGAGCAUGAAAAGAAAUAAAACAACAGUAAUGAUCUUAGGUUGCGGAGUAGGAGAGUCUUUGCCACAUGUGAGAGGGGUGAGAGGCUUGGGUGUGUGUGUUUGGGUGCCUGUGCACAUCUGAAAUGUAGAAAGAGAAAUAAGACAUAACUAUGAGUGUCUAUUUCAUUGUCUGUUCCAAGUGGGCAAAAGAAGCAAAGCUCUCAGGUCUGAAACACGGCACUGAUGAGACUUUGUUGUUGAUCUUGGGUUUAUAAGUCAGCAGAAGGAAACAGUUUAUCCUUGGUCUGUGAUGUUUAUGAUUUAGAACUUUUUUUUGAUUGCUAGAUGUCUAUUCCUGGUAGAAAUGUUAUACUGAUUGGCUGCAGAUUUUUAUGACUUUCAUUUUAUUGCAGUUUUCAGCAUGAAAUAAAUCAUACAAACUUAAUGAGUAUAAAUUGUUAUAGAAAUAUAGAAUUUUUAUUGAGAUAAAACUGUGUGGUGACAAACACAGUUUCAAAAUAAUUGUAAAUCAAUAUUUUACUCCAGUCUUCUUUCUAGGACCAAUUGAAGCUUCAUAAUAAAAAGCUUUGUCUUUGUUUAGUUUUGAUUCAAUGGCUGAGAUAAAGGACGUGUUUCUAGAACUUGAACUGCCUUGAAAGUUUGUUUCAAGUUAGGUUACAUUCCUCUGAUUUACUGAAUUUUUUAACAGGACCAAAAGCCUGUGCCCACUACAGCAUGGCAGAGCAGUGUGCUUGGUGAAGGAGGGAGAUUUGGUUUUGAGGCAGAAGAUGUGGCAUGGCCUGGUGCCAAAGCUGUGCUCAACCUUUACUAAGUGGCAGAAUGCAUAAAGGUAUCUCCAUUUUGUUGAUGUCAGAAAAAGAGUGACUGAAGUUGGCAUCCUGUGUGAACCCUUCUAGCCAAAGAUUUAAGAAAUUUGUCGGGAUUAAUACUGAACUGAAUGCAUCUGAACUGAAGGAAAUUUUUUGAGAUUGCUCUCCUGAUAGAAACUGUACAAAAAAUGGUACACUGAGGUCCCUGCCUGCACCUGUGGGAAGACUGUAACAGUAUUUUUAUAUCACAGUUUAUUGGCCCAUAAAAGACGAUGUAAUAACAAAUGUAACAGUAAAUUUAUGCAAUAGUAGUGGUUCCCCUCCCACUGACUGGACAUGAGUGAUCAAAGGUCUUUGCAAGAAGAUAAGCACAAGGUUAGCAGAACUUCCUCCAAGUUCAGGGAGUCUUCAAGAAGCAUGCAAUCUGAUGAUUAUUUUGCUAGAAAACUUAAAGCCUUGAAUGGUAGCAUGGGUCCUCCUGUUCCUUCAAAUGCCUCUAGCAAAGCUGAAAAUAAUCAAACAAAUGGUACACCAGCCGUGCCUAAAAUGGGUGUUCGAGCAAGGGUAUCUGAAUGGCCUCCUAAAAAGGAUUGCUCUAAGGAGCUGAGUAAAGCUGCUUGGGAAAACCGACCUCCAGCCAGUUAUGAAGGUGUUGGCUCAGUACUUCCAAAUGGACAAAACGACCAAAGUGAUGAACAGCAAGAAGAGCUAGAACUGGAAUUUACAGAGGGAAAAUAUUCAAUUGGAGAUCUUUUUGUUCAUUCACCUCAAAGGGGUCUUCAUCCCAUAAGGCAAAGAAGCAACAGUGAUGUGACAAUAAGCGAUAUUGAUGCUGAAGAUGUGUUAGACCAAAAUGCUGUUAACCCAAAUACUGGAGCAGCUCUUCACAGAGAAUAUGGCAGUACUUCUUCAAUUGAUAGACAAGGCUUGUCUGGAGAAAAUUUUUUUGCAAUGCUGAGAGGAUACAGAGUGGAAAAUUUUGAACAUAAAACCCUUGCUCCUUUUGGAUUUUCUGAGUUUUUCCACUGUGAUCCUACGGUUUCUCCGAGUCUACAUGCUGCUGCACAGAUUUCCAGGGGAGAAUUUGUCAGGAUUUCUGGGUUGGAUUAUAUGGAUAGUGCCCUACUUAUUGGUCGAGACAGGGAGAAAUCUUUCAAGAGGCGACUUAAAUCAGAAGCAGUAGAAACAUCUCUGUUUAGAAAAUUGCGAACAGUUAAAAGCGAGCACGAAACUUUUAAGUUUUCAUCAGACCUGGAUGAUAGACUUGACAGAAAUGUUCGUUCUUGGAACUGUCAGAAAUGUUUUGCACAUUAUGAUGUUCAGAGCGUUUUGUUUAACAUAAAUGAAGCAAUGGCUACCAGAGUAAAUGUAGGAAAAAGAAAAAAUAUCACCACUGGGGCCUCAGCUGCGUCACAAACUCAGAUGCCAGCAGGCCAGACUGGAAACUGUGAAUCUCCUUUGGGAAGCAAAGAGGAUCUCAAUUCAAAAGAGAACUUAGAUGCUGAUGAGGGCGAUGGGAAAAGCAAUGAUUUAGUAUUGAGUUGCCCUUACUUCAGGAAUGAAACUGGUGGGGAAGGAGAUAGACGGAUUGCACUUUCUAGGGCAAAUUCAGCAUCUUUUUCUUCAGGUGAAAGUUGUUCUUUUGAGUCCUCUCUGAGUUCCCAUUGCACAAAUGCUGGUGUUUCAGUACUGGAAGUACCAAGGGAAAACCAGUCCAUCCACAGAGAGAAAGUGAAGCGUUACAUCAUAGAACACAUUGAUCUUGGAGCAUAUUAUUACCGCAAGUUCUUCUAUGGAAAAGAGCAUCAGAACUACUUUGGAAUAGAUGAAAAUCUUGGACCUGUAGCAGUCAGCAUCCGGAGGGAAAAGGUUGAAGAUGCUAAGGAGAAAGAAGGAUCUCAGUUCAACUAUCGUAUAGUUUUCAGGACAAGUGAGCUUACUACACUUAGAGGAGCAAUUUUAGAAGAUGCUAUACCAUCCACUGCUCGUCAUGGCACGGCAAGGGGUCUGCCUCUCAAAGAGGUGCUGGAGUAUGUAAUACCAGAGCUGAGCAUCCAGUGCCUGAGACAGGCUUCCAGCUCACCCAAAGUACCCGAGCAGCUGCUUAAACUGGAUGAACAAGGGCUGAGUUUUCAACAUAAGAUUGGUAUCCUUUACUGCAAAGCAGGCCAAAGCACAGAAGAAGAAAUGUAUAACAACGAGAUGGCAGGACCAGCUUUUGAAGAGUUCCUGGAUCUACUGGGUCAGAGAGUACGGCUAAAAGGAUUCAGUAAAUACAGGGCUCAGCUAGAUAAUAAAACUGAUUCAACAGGAACUCAUUCCCUCUAUACUACCUAUAAAGAUUAUGAAUUAAUGUUUCAUGUAUCAACAAUGCUUCCGUACAUGCCCAGUAACAGGCAACAGGAUAUAACUACGCCCUGCUUGGUCCCUGAUCAGGACAUCCCUCUAGUUUUAGAACCAGCAGGAGAUCCAAAGAGCAAGCUGCUAAGGAAAAGACAUAUAGGAAAUGACAUAGUUACAAUUGUCUUCCAAGAGCCAGGAGCACUUCCUUUUACUCCAAAAAAUAUUCGUUCCCACUUUCAACAUGUAUUUGUCAUUGUCAAAGUGCAUAAUCCUUGCACUGAAAAUGUGUGUUAUAGUGUUGGUGUUUCACGAUCAAAAGAUGUUCCCUCAUUUGGUCCACCCAUUCCCAAAGGAGUAACUUUCCCCAAGUCUGCAGUCUUUAGGGACUUCCUUUUAGCCAAAGUUAUUAAUGCUGAAAAUGCAGCACAUAAGUCAGAAAAAUUUCGAGCCAUGGCCACAAGGACACGCCAAGAAUACUUGAAAGAUCUGGCAGAAAACUUUGUUACCACAGCUACAGUGGAUACUUCAGCCAAGUUCAGCUUUAUUACUUUAGGGGCAAAAAAGAAGGAAAAAGUGAAACCAAGGAAAGAUGCACAUCUAUUCAGUGUUGGAGCAAUUAUGUGGAAUGUGAUUGCCCGAGAUUUUGGCCAGUCUGCUGACAUUGAAUGUCUCCUCGGAAUCUCCAAUGAGUUUAUCAUGUUGAUUGAAAAGGAAUCAAAAAAUGUUGUGUUUAACUGCUCCUGCAGAGAUGUUAUUGGAUGGACAUCUGGAUUAAUGAGCAUCAAAAUAUUUUAUGAAAGAGGAGAAUGUAUUCUUCUGUCUGCAGCAGAUAAUUGUACUGAAGACAUCAGAGAAAUUGUUCAAAGACUUGAAAUAGUGACCAGAGGAUGCGAAACCACAGAAAUGACCCUGCGGAGAAAUGGGCUGGGCCAGCUCGGAUUCCACGUGAACUUUGAAGGGAUAGUGGCAGACGUGGAGCCCUUUGGAUUUGCAUGGAAAGCAGGCCUACGGCAGGGGAGCCGCCUGGUCGAGAUCUGUAAAGUGGCUGUGGCAACGCUGACCCACGAGCAAAUGAUCGACCUCUUGCGCACGUCGGUGACAGUAAAAGUGGUCAUUAUUCAACCACACGAGGAUGGAGCGCCCAGAAGGGGUUGUUCAGAACUUUGUCGUAUACCCAUGGUGGAAUACAAACUUGACAGUGAAGGCACCCCAUGUGAGUAUAAAACCCCUUUCAGAAGGAAUACCACUUGGCAUCGGGUGCCGACUCCCGCUGGGCAGCCUCUCUCUCGUGCCUCUCCAAUCCUAGGAACAUCUGACAGACUGCAGUGCCAGCAGCUUCUCCAGCAGGCUCAGACAGCCAUUCCUCGUAGCACUUCCUUUGAUAGAAAACUGCCAGAUGGUGCAAGAAGUUCUCCAAGCAACCAAUCCUCAUCCAGUGACCCAGGACCCAGCGGGAGCAGCCACUGGAGACAGCAAGUGGGAUAUGAUGGAUGCCAGUCCCCUUUACUCCAUGAACAUCACCAAGGUUCAGGCUCACUGGAGUGUGAAGGAGGCAGAGAACGAGAGGAAACUUUGGAAGGAACUAGACAUUCUGAAGCCAAGUGGCAUGCACCAUCAACCAAAGUCCUGAGCUCCUACAAAGAGCGAGCUUUACAGAAAGAAGGCAGUGGCAAGGAGUCACCAAACAAGCUUUCGCAUAUUGGGGACAAAAGCUGUUCAAGCCACUCCAGCAGCAACACCUUAUCCAGCAAUACAUCCAGCAACAGCGAUGAGAAGCACUUUGGUUCUGGAGACCUGAUGGACCCCGAGCUGCUUGGAUUAACAUACAUAAAGGGAGCUUCCACGGACAGCGGCAUCGACACGGCUCCCUGCAUGCCGGCUCCUCUGCUGGCCCCGCUGCACCUGGCUGGCAGCAGGUCCGGGGUGCACUGCCACACGGAGCAGUGGCCGGAGGCUUCUGAGGCUCCCGGGCCCGACGAUGAUGCCGCUAAGAUCUAUGCUGUCCAUAGCUAUGCCUCUGCCAUCUCCACCAGCCACACGGCUGAGGGCAGCAUGGGAGACCUGAGUGAAAUCUCCUCUCAUUCCAGUGGGUCACAUCAUUCAGGAAGCCCAUCAACGCACUGCUCUAAAAAGAGUGGCUCCCUAGAUACCUCCAAAGUUUAUAUAGUGUCGCAGAAUAGUAGUCAACAGAUGUCUGGGUCGAUUUCAAAACCCUACCACAGACAAGGAGCAGUGAGUAAAUAUGUCAUUGGAUGGAAAAAAUCGGAAGGAAGUCCUACACCUGAAGAAUCUGAAGUUUCAGAAUGUCAUGAAGUGUAUGAUGAUAUUGAUGCUGUGUCUGCAUCGAGUCCACUCCAAACUUCUGUCAGGAAUGCUAUUGUUGAAGGCCAGCAAGUCUUGUCCAAAGAAGAUUUUCUGAAGUUGAUGCUGCCAGACAGCCUCUCUAUGGAGGAAGGGAGAAGAAAGUUUUCAUGUUAUGGAAACCUCAGCCCACGGAGGACGCUUUACCGCACCCUCUCUGAUGAAAGCAUAUGUAGCAAUCGAAGGGGAUCUUCCUAUGCCAGCUCUCGAAGCUCAAUGAUAGACCAGGCCUUGCCAAAUGACAUCUUGUUCAGCACUACCCCACCAUAUCACAGCACAUUGCCUCCCAGAAUGAGCCUGACUCCUGGAAUGGGAAAUCUGAGAAAUGAAUUCUGGUUCUCAGAUGGGUCCUUAUCUGAUAAAGCCAAAUUCAAUGAUCCUGGCCUGAUGCCCCUGCCAGACACUGCCACAGGGCUAGACUGGUCUCACCUGGUAGAUGCUGCACGAGCGUUUGAAGGUUUUGACUCAGAUGAAGAAUUUGGGCCGUUCUGUCAUCAGACGCCGUUUCUAGAUCAGAGAGUAGCAUCUUUUUGCACCUUGAAUGAUAUGCAGCAAGCUCAGGGCUUGGAAGGAGCACAGGAGUUACCUUUGGAUGAGAGUCCCCCAGAUGGAAAAGAUUUUCUUGAGGAUGCGGGGGAACAUGCUCCAAGUACUCUGACUGGAAAAGUAAACCAGCUGGAAGUCAUCCUCCGGCAGCUGCAAACUGACCUGAGAAAGGAAAAACAGGACAAGGCAGUUCUCCAAGCAGAGGUACAGCACCUGAGACAGGAUAACAUGAGACUUCAGGAAGAAUCUCAAACAGCAGCUGCUCAACUGAGAAAAUUUACAGAAUGGUUUUUUAAUACGAUAGACAAAAAAUCCUAA